AUGUACUCAAGGAGCUAUUUGUGCGAAGACGAUGAGUGGGGGAUGAACGGGGGGGGCGAAGUACCUUUUCAUGCCAGAGGGAGAGAAGGAAAAGGAAAUAAACUUACACGUGAAGAGGGUGAAGUUAUCCGUGGUGAAGUUAUUCGUGGUGAAGUUAGCCGGGGUGAAGUUAGCCGGGGGGAAGUUAUCCGUGGUGAAGUGAAUGGCGGAGAUUUUUUUUGUGGCUAUUUAGAAGGUACCCAUGGGAAGGCGGCACAGUUGGAUACCACUGGAAAUGUAUCUUCCGAAUGUGAAGCCAAAUUGGUAAGAGGCAAUAGCAAAGAGAAUCUUCCUCGGGGGGGAAAUCACCACCACUCUAGGCGUUACGUUUCUGUACGACACACCUCUAUCCAGGGUGGUACCUCAAUGAGGUGUUCCACCGACAGGAAUUCCUCAGGUAGCGCCCUGUGGUUCGACUCCAACGAGAGUGUUCCAUCCCAGGGAGGAAGGAAAGGAAAGGAGAAACAGAAAGGAAAAGGGAUUAACCAAGCAGUUGACAAUGGACAACGUCUGAAUCAGGUAGAUGGAAAAAUGAAUUCAUCCUUCGAUCUGUGGGAGAGUAGCAACUCUUUGGAUCACCCCAACGGAGAAGUGCAACAUCUGGAAGAAGACCAUCUACUCAGAAGGAAGACCAACCUGUACAAUUACAAGUUUAGCGAUGAAGGAGAAAUUUUCAGCCAAGGAGGUACCUUUGGUGAUCUCAGCCAGUGUAGCGAACCCCCCAGUGGGGAAAUCAAAAGGAAGAAGGAGAAUUCACAUGUAUGUAUUAAACAGAAGUCGACGAAGGAAGUGUCCACAAGUGGAAGGAGAGGCCUCUCAAGUUCACAUAGAAAUGAAGGAAAGAAGAUUCCCUCCACUGGAAAUCUGCACCAUAGUAAUAGUAGCAUGGGUACCCACGAAAGCGGAAAUGCGAGAGGAUCAGUAAGCUCACUGAGGAAUCACGAGGUGGACCAUCCCACAGAGGAGGAAAAAAUAACGCAACCAAAAAAAGAAGGUGCGAGUGUUAAGGGUACGAAUAGAUUAAUGAGGUCUAUAUCCACCACCUUAUCGGAGCGGUCGGGGGAUCCGAACAGACAGAGUGGCGUUAUCAUGAGCAGGACCAGGGGUGAUGGUUUGGGUGGCACUCGAAGAUCGAUCGCCGGUGUCGAUUCGAAGGGGGACUCAGUAAAGGUAAAGAGCAAAAGGAACAACAACAAGAAUAGAAGUGAGAAGAACAAUAAGAAGAGGAAUAACAAGCUGGUGUCCUCGUCGGAUGAGGGGGGAAAUGUUCUGGACACGACGGAGAUCAGCGAGGAGAGUAAAUUUUUCCACGAGAUUAAGGAGUACCUGAAUUAUAAGAACAGGAUGGGAAUGCUAGACGGGGAGGAUGCCAUUGACACGGUUAAAGCGGAUAACACGAUUGACGUGGUUCCCGUGGUUGAUUCGGUUGAUGUGGUUGAUUCGGUUGAUGUGGAUGAUCCAUCGUCGGAGGUACCAACCCAGAGAGGAGACAAUAACCCCCUCCAGUGGAACAUGCAGUUGAGGCGAUCCGAAGGUGUGGCCAAACGGAUAAAUGUCUCUAGGAAGAAGCAACUCACCAGGAGAUCAUUCCCAUCCGAGGAAAACGCAAUAUCCAAAGAGGGUAGCUAUAGUAGCAGUGGUGAUGGAGUGCCAAAGUGCAGUGCAAGGGAGAAACACACCGACCUCGUCUCUCACGAAGGAAGUGGAGGAGUAAAGUUUGUCUCACAAAAAGUGGUGAACAUGCAUCAAAGGGAAGAGGAAGAAGGAGGUGGACACAUCGCCAAAGAAUGCAUGGAAGGGAACGCGUGGGUGGCGUGCCCCUCCGAGGGAUACACAAAGUUAACCCCAGGAUUGGAAAAAAACGAACACGCCGAGGGGAUGAUGAACUUUUCGGAGGAGGAGAAGGAGAAGAAGAUGCUGCACUCAGUGAAUUAUUUAGGAAUCAAGGGAAAGGAACCAGUUGGAGGUGACCUUCCCCAUGGUAGGAUGGAGAAGAGCCACCCUUUGAUCAUUGAUCUUGCAUUGGCGGAGGAAACCGAGCGAAGUGAAUGCAGGGAGGUAGCUGCAAGUACCCAUGUCAGAGAUGGAGAUAAGCACUUCACAGAAAUCAAUGCGAAUGACAAGCACCACGAUGAAGAAUUGGAUAAGGUAAACAAUAGUAGGUGCUACUCCCCGGAAGUAGACCUAAUUAAAAUGGAGAGCGUAACGGAGGAGUUGAUGAUGGAAGAGAGGAAGGACGACAGCACCCCAGAUAGUCUCGACACACAAGAGAUGGAGCAACACCCUCCUCGUACCGAUGGAUACACAAACAGUGUGAGGAACAACGGAGGCGAAGUCUCUUCCCAUUCUGGAGGGGAAAACGGGCCGAGGAUCAGAUUCCCUUUUCCACAUCGGGGGAGAAAAUUUAAAGACAUUUUCAUUUCGUUCAUUAGGAGGGGCGAUGCGGGGAGGAAUAACGAAGAGGUAACCAACCAUGGUGAUGUAACCAACCAUGGUGAUGUAACCAACCAUGGUGAUGUAACCAACCAUGGUGAUGUAACCAACCAUGAUGAGGUAACCAACCAUGGUCAGGCAACCAAUCAUGAUGAGCCAACCAACCAUGGUGAGCCAACCAACCAUGAUGAGCCAACCAACCAUGAUGAGCCAACCAACCAUGGUGAGGAGUCUAAUGGAGAAGUACCCUUUAGGAGCGAAAAUCGAAAGGAUGAAACCCACACCGGAGAAACGAACGAGCUCUCCUUCGAAGCCAACUCAACCAACAGAAAAAAGCCCAACACACUAUACAACAAUUUUUUAGAAAGUUUGAAGCAUCCCUCUUGUAGAAAUGUGAUAGACAAGGUAAGGACAUUCAUCCAGAAAUUCCCCCAAAAUGUUAGUAGAGAUGUAGCAGCCAACAGAAUCCAUGAAUUCAUAAAUGAGACGCAACCGAUUCUACUAAAUUGUGAAAUCUACAAAAAUGUAAACACAUACCAGGCAAAUGUGAUAAUUGAGGGAUAUGAAAAAUUUUUACUACAGAAGUUGCACUGCUAUGUAUACAGAAUGGAUCCUAAGGACAAAGACGAAGACGAGAAAAUAUACACGAAAAUUAAUUGCCUGCAGUGGAUAGAAAUGAAACAUUUGGAAAUAGCCGAAGGAAUUCAACUGGAUAGACUGGAACAGGCACAAGCGGAACUUUUGCGCAUACAAAAAAUGAGGGCUCCAAACGAUAAGCUCAUUAUGAUACUUAACUGUUGUCGCGUUGUUACAUCUGCCGUUUACGCGGCGAAGAAAAACUCAAGGCGAAAGCGGGGCGAUCCAGUCGUUACGCAGGAAAACACCGAAACGACCUUUGAAAGUGAUGCACUGGAUUCGCAGCGUGACAAACCUGAACCAGACCUUGCGAAUGCUGAACUGGAUGAGGAUGAGCUUCUACCCUGCGCAGAUGAAGUACUCCCCGUGCUCAUCUACGUUAUCAUCAAGACCAACCCACCAGAACUAAUUUCAAACAUUGCUUACAUCCAAAGCUUCAGGCAUCCAAACCAUUUCGUGUCGGAAGAAGCCUACUCCUUCACUCAGUUCUGCAGUGGCGUGGAGUUCAUUAAGGAACUUGGAAAGUCUACUUUCCUAAACAUGCCCGAAGAGGAAUACAGAAAAAAGGUGUCCCAAGCUGAGCAGUUUUACCUGGACGAAGUUAAGGAGAGCAACAAGAAGCUACAAGAAGCGGCGGGCAAGCUCACCAACUUCAUCAAGCUCUCAAAUGAGAAGAAAUUGUGUGUAAACGUUAUUAACAAAAUAGAGGCUCUGCAGUUACGUUACGAACGGGAGGAUACCUUCAAUGCACUGACCGUUUCCAAGUUGGCCGACAUUUUCGACGAGUACAAGCAGCUCGUGCAGCUGAAGAAUGAUAUUUUGCGGGACAUGCAGGAGCACGAGCAGGCCGUCAGUGCAGGUGACGCAUGA